AUGGGUAACGAAGAGUCGACCGUCGUGGAUGAUUCCACUCGCCCCUCGGUGCUGGAGGCGCGUAACAUGGAGGCUGUGGCCAAAUACAUUCAACAGCAUGAUGUGAAACGCAUCGUGGUCAUGGUGGGAGCCGGCAUAAGCACUUCAGCAGGCAUCCCGGACUUCCGGUCACCAGAUACCGGGCUCUACGCCAACCUCGCAUUCCUGGACUUGGAAGAGCCCGAAGAUGUCUUCGACAUCAGCUUCUUCCGAGAGAACCCCAAGCCGUUCUACGCGCUGGCGAAAGAGCUCUACCCGGGGCGCUAUCGCCCCACCGUCGCCCACUCGUUCAUUAAACUGCUCUACGACAAGGGCUUGCUGCUGAAGCAUUUCACCCAGAACAUCGACUGCCUUGAGCGCCAGGCUGGUCUCUCCGGCGACAAGAUCGUCGAGGCUCAUGGCAGCUUUGCGACUCAGCGCUGCAUUGAGUGCAAAACGCCGUACCCGGACGAGGAAAUGCAGAAGAAGGUCCAUCAUGGGGAGGUGCCACACUGCUUGGUCCCCCAGUGCAAUGGACUCGUGAAGCCCGACAUUGUCUUUUUCGGCGAGGCCCUACCUGAGUCCUUCUUCCGGAGCCGCGACCUCCCGGAACAGGCCGACCUGUGUAUCGUGAUGGGAACCAGUCUCUCAGUGCAGCCAUUCGCCAGUCUGCCCUCUUUUUGUCGAGAGGGGGUCCCACGCGUGCUUAUCAAUAUGCAGCGUGUUGGCGGCCUGGGCUCUCGACCAGAUGACGUUCUUCUACUUGGGGACUGUGAUGUGGGGGUGCGGAAGUUUGCCAAGGCCAUGGGAUGGGAGGAGGAGCUGGAGGCUCUGUGGGAGCAGACGAACCCGGACCCCAAGGCACGUGAGGCCGAGAAUGCGCCGCUGCAAUCGCGGGACGAGCGGCUUCGGGACGAGGUGGAUCGGCUUACGGAGGAUAUUGAGCGCACGCUGGGUCUGACGGACGCGUAUCAGCAGCGAGUGCGCGAGCGGCUGGGCGAGCCGAGCAAACAGGGCCAGUCGAAUGGAGUCGACUCAGGAGCAGGGGAAGAAAGCACAGGACUGGACCAUGUGUUCCCGCACCUGGCGCGCAAAUUCCGGUAG